AUGUCUUCGGGUGACAACGAGCCCAAGCUGAACGGCAUUAAACACAUUCUGGUUAACGGCAAGUGCAAGCCUAAUGGCGUGGUCAAAGAGAAGAGCGAAGAGGACGAUGAGCCUUGCGAGCCAGGAAUGAAGAAUGGCCUCAAGCACUUUUAUUCUGGCAAAGAAGACAAGAAAGGACGCUUCCAAUGGCAGGAAGAGAUUCCUGAGGAUGUGGGUGAUCCUGCCGAGAACGAGAAGACCGCAAAAUGGGCACUUCUUGUGCGAAAUGUCAAAGUCUACAACGACCCGCGCCGCGUGCUAUCCAUGCACUCAAUUGUCGUGCAGAGUCCACUCCUCAAGAAACUCCUCGUCAAGGUACUGAAGGGCUACCCUGGAGUGACUGUCGGUCUCAAUCGUCUCGAGUUUACUGGAAAAUUUGAACCCCUCAUCCAUCGCUGGACUGAAUUGCAGGGCGCCAUUGCCAAGCUCAGCGAUGAAACCGAAGAGCAGCGCACAACAAAAGCGCACGCAGAGCUUCUGCAGGGUAUCCUCACAAAAGAAUUCAAGAACAUGAUCGACACUUCACAAGACAUGAAGAGUAAACGAGUCAUGACUUUCGAGCAUCUUUGGACGCUUUUCCAGCCAGGAUCGGUUGUAUUCGCCCGACAAGACGGCCAGGAAACAGCCCUGUCCUUGGUAGAGACGCGCUAUGGUCAAGAUUGUAAUGGCAUACCUUGUUUUUGGCUAACGUGUAAGUACGUGGACUGGGAUGGCGCCAAGUUUGGAACCAACAAGAUCAACUUGUCUAUUUCAAUCUACACCGGAACACGCGCCAUCACCUCCCUUCGAGUUUAUCCCCUCGAGUUCCAUCCUGAAGGCGACAUUGUCCGCACUCGCCUUAUUGAGCGUGGGGCCAAAACUGAGGAGCUUGCCGGUGCCAAUUAUCGAGCUUACCAGGGUGUCGCUUGGAGGAAGGGACAGUUCGGCACCAAGGACAAGUACAAUGUCAAAGGUCGGAUUGUGAUCGACACAUAUGGCUGGAAUCGCUUUAAUCCGACGCAAUCAAUCUUUGUGGCUCCACUCAACCAGAAAGAGCCUGCCGAUUCAGCGUCUCGCUGUAAUGGAGACGGAUACGAUUCUGAGAACGAGCAAGAAGAGGAAGAUGAUGACGAUCUCGACGGAGACGAUAGUGGAAUGCCUAUCGAUGGCGCUUUCGCGGACGAAGACGACGUGGCAAAGCAUACACCCUUGACGCCGGAGCAGAAGCUCAUUUGCUCGCCUCUGCUGCGCGGGUACAGUCUAAAGAACAAACUUUGGCUGAACUUCUUCGUCAACUGCGUUAAGGAUAUUGAAUGGCAGACUGAUGCAUUUGAUAGGCUAGUGCUGCCCAAGAACCAGAAGGAGCUGAUUCUGGGCUUCACUGAGUCUCAACGCAAGUUCCGCGACAGCUUCGACGAUGUCAUUGAAGGCAAGGGUAAGGGCAUGAUUGUUCUACUAUGUGGCCCGCCCGGUGUUGGUAAAACUCUCACCAGCGAGUCAGUUGCCGAAGAGAUGAAGGUCCCACUCUAUAUGAUGAGCGCUGGAGAUCUUGGCUUCGACCCUCGAAGACUGGAGAGCAAUCUGCAAGACAUUCUUGAGAUGUGCAGUCGCUGGAACGCCGUUCUCUUGCUCGACGAGGCAGAUGUCUUCCUAGAACAACGUUCACUUCACGAGCUCGAGCGCAACAAGUUGGUCUCAAUCUUUCUUCGCGUCUUGGAGUACUACGAGGGUACGAUGUUUCUUACCACCAAUCGCGUCCAAACAUUUGAUCCAGCUUUCCAGUCACGUAUCCACAUUUCACUUGACUACCCUGGCCUUACUGUGGAAUCACGCAAGACUGUGUGGAAAAACUUUUUGGAUUCUUCCUCGCAAGAACAUACCAUCUCCAAGUCUCAACUCAUGGAUCUUGCACGCAUGGAUCUGAACGGUCGUCAAGUCAAGAACAUCCUCAAGAUAGCCAGGCUACUCGCAAGUCGCAAGGAAGAAAAGCUCAGUUACGACCACAUUAUCACUACAAUGGAUGUUACUCAACAUCUCCACAACGAGACCCAAUUUAGUGAGCGUACUAAGGGUACUUUGUAUGGCUGA